AUGCUCACAAUUCACACUGGCAUGCCAAAACUUUGGGAUCAAGUGCAUCGAAUAUCAGAAGGUGCAACAACAACUACAACGAUAAUAACAAUGUUUUCUACAUUACAGAGCUCUCCCUUAAUCAUAAGUACUAUGACUGCAAGCACACCCACAGCAAUAGCAACAGGAGCAACUUUAGGUACAACGACAACUACAACAACAAUCACAAUAUUUUCUACAUCAAUGACAUUACAGAAUUCUACCUUUAUCACUAGUACUAUGACUACAAGCACACCCGCAGCAAUAGCAACAGGAGCAACUUUAGGUACACCGACAACUACAACUACAACAACAAUGACAAUAUUUUCUACAUUACAGAACUCUACCUUCGCCAGUAGUACUAUGAUUACAAGCACGCCCACAACAAUACUAACAGGUGUAACUUUAGGUAUUUGCAGUAGCCAGGUUCAAGAGUGUCACCUAAACUAGCUUUUCAUACUUUCUUCAAAAGGUACACCGACAACUACAACAACAAUGACAAUAUUUUCUACAUUACAGAAUUCUAUCUUCGCCAGUAGUACUAUGACUACAAGCACACCCACAACAAUAGUAACAGGAGCAACUCUAGGUACAUGCAGUAGCCAGGUUCGAGGGUGCCACCUAAACUAGCUUUUCAUACUUUCUUCAAAAGGUACAACGACAACUACAACAACAAUCACAAUAUUUUCUACAUCAAUGACAUUACAGAAUUCUACCUUUAUCACUAGUACUAUGACUACAAGCACACCCGCAGC